GACACCUGGUCCACCGGCUGCCUGUUCUACCAGGUGCUCACAGGCUGCCCCCCGUUCCACGCGGCGUCGGAGUACCUCGUGAUGGAGAGGGUGCUGGCCAUGGACCUGCCGAUGCCUCCAGGCCUCCACCCGCUGGCGGUCGACCUGGUCACCCGAAUGGUGGUGAAAGACGCCGACGCCCGAUUGGGUGCCCUUUCACUGGAGGACCUCCGAAGGCACGCGUACUUCGAGGGCACGACGUUCGGGCGAGCCCACAAGGCUCCCAGGCCCCUGCUGCUCCUGGCCGACGCGUGUCUGCAGAAGCUGGGCAGGCAGCUCAAGGACUUCAGCGACACCAUCGCUUCCUGGGACGGCUUGGAAAGGCUAGACCCGCUGCUGAGGGCCAGGCUGGAGCGCAUCCGGAUCUCGCAGCAGUGGCAGGACGCCGCGAUGCCCCCGACGGAGGGCUGA